AAAAAAAAACAGUUCGUGAUUUUAUAAUUAGACAGUUUUUUUUUAUUAUUAUGAAAUAAAUAUAAUCACCAUGUCAAAUAAAACAUGUUAAGGCUUUGGAAAAAUUUCUGUAAAGAUUUCCGACAGUUGUAUGUCGGUAGUUCUGCAAAUGUUGAGGCAACAAACAUCAACUGUAGUUCCAUUCCUUCGAUAUCGGAUUACGAGGGUCGGAAUUCCUGCAUCAGCCCUAAUCAAGAGACAUUAAAUGUUGCAACAUCAACUAAAGAUGAACAUUAUCUUGGGUGUGAACAGAAGUCUGCAGAUUCCAAUAAUUACCGAAGGCCUUAUUUCAAGUGGAACGUGACAAAAUCAAUAUUUCUUGAAAUAUGUGGCUUGAGUUCAGCUGUUGCCUUGGGCUGGGAGUGUGGACGAUUCAAGCAAAAACAAAGCAGACUAUCUUGUGUUGAUUAUUCAGCAAUUUUGGUGAGAUUGCUAUCAAUCAGAGCCUUACCUUCAAUAAAUACAGGAGUUAGGCUAUCAAUAAAUGAUGCACCCCCAAAGUCCAAUGUGUCAUACACUGAUGUCCUUGCCAAAAACACUACAAUUGAGGCUUCUGACAAAUAUGUUAAUACCACAACUUCUCAUGUUCCAUCUCUUUCAGAAGAAAUCCAUGAGACCAUGGAAGAGAUGUUGAAAAAUCUUGAAACAAGUAACAAUCUUGGCUUAGCUGAAUGGCAAAACUCAGUGGGAGUAGAACUUUUAAACUCAGCCAAGAAGAAAGAAUUGUCAGAGUAUGACCAUCUAAUCAAGAUUUCUAAAACCGACCGUUUUUCCGCUUACCAGAAAGAAGCAUUUAAUUGUUUUCUAGAAUCUAGGAGAUUGGGCAGUGUCAAGGGAGCAUACAAUUUAGGCAUCUGCUAUGAACAAGGCAUAGGUACUUCCCAAAAUGUAGAGAAGGCUUUCACAUAUUAUGAGGAAGCAGCCAGAAAAAAUCAUCCAGCUGCACAAUAUAACUUAGGUUUGCUGCUUUAUCGACGGUACUUGAACAAUGAAAAGUCAAAAGAGAGUGAUCUCUCCGACGCCUUUUCACAUUUACAUCAAGCUGCUAAUCACGGCUUAGAAGAAGCUCGUUCUGCCCUUACCAUUCUCACCAUUGAGCUAGCUAAUCAAGAUGUGAGAAAUGUCACAACCAUAUUACCAGCUCGAGCCGACGAGAAAAAUUUGCUCUGUGAAGUUAGUAAACACGAAUUAUCUAUUCGCAAAGCCUUUAGUGAGCCCCACAGCUUCAACUGUUACCAUGUAAACCAUAAAUCUGAAAUAAUCAACUUUGAAUUUAAGAAGGGCUCGGUAAAUUUUUACUUUGGAGAUUAAGUCUCCAAAAGUUUCCCAUUCUCCAUUCUUGAUUUCUUUCUGUUAAUGUCGAGAUUUACGUGGUUUCUACGAGUCUGUACCUUUGCCCAAUUUAUUGACGAUAAACUUCAUAAAAUCACAUUAGAUGUAUGGGCAUACACCUAACGGGUAGCGGC